CACACUAUCUCAUCUCCCACAUUCUGAAACAAAUUGCCCGAACCUCCAACCACACUCUCUCUCUAUCUCGUUUCUCUCUCUAGAAAGCUUCCUCCGAUCCCUUGCGGCGGACGCGAGCGGCCGGUUUUCUUCUCCACCGAGUUCUCGAGGAUGAGUUACUACAAUCAGCAGCAGCCGCCGGUUGGUGUCCCGCCUCCUCAAGGUUACCCACCGGAGGGUUAUCCGAAGGACGCGUACCCGCCCCAGGGAUAUCCGGCUCAGCCAGGGUACCCCCCUCCUGGCUACCCUGCUCAGCCGGGCUAUCCUCCUCAAUACGCCCCUCCGUACGGCCAGCCGCCGCCGCAGCAGCAACAGAAUCAGAGCACUGGAUUCUUGGAAGGCUGUUUGGCUGCUCUGUGCUGCUGCUGUCUUCUGGAUGCCUGCUUUUAGAGGAUGAGACGGGGGGGAUUUGAUGUAUCUGAAUGUCGCAGUGGAAGAAGUCUGCUCGGUCGGUGCGUUGCGCAAGGUUGAGUCUUCUGAUUGGGCUGUCUCUUCAUUCAGAGCCCGACAUAUCUCGUUCUCUCUUCUCUCUGUCUAGGGGUUUGCGUCAUAAAUAAUAUGAACUCUCCUUCUUGUGCAUGUGGAUCGGUACACCCUUCUGAGGCUUUUACUGGAUUUUUCAUUUUUAUUAAUUGUCAAUCAUUGAAAUGAAAAUGAGUAUAGAACCUUCAUCUCUC